UCAAACGGCGUCGUUUAAGCCUAGCGUCAUCAUCCCAAUUUUGAGGGCAAUUCUCUAACCUCUAGCAGAGUUGCAGCCAUUGAAGAGCGCAGUAGUUGAAGAGAAAGACAGAGUGUUCAACUCAAAAGUUUCGAUGCCUUUACUUCGCAUCGCAAGCAAGAUUUUACAUUCAGCAGGAAAUCAAAGUUGCAAGUGCCAGCACCGAACAAUCUUUGCCACGGCACAGUUGCAGGGUUCAUGGAUGGAGAAGGUCAAAAACGUCAUCACAGGCCAGAAGACCACGCAGUCCCAGGGAGACGGGGCACAAGCGGAUUCCGGUUCAUUCACCCUGCUUCGUUUUGCGGAUGAAAUGAAGAAUGCAAAAAGAGUUGGCGCUUUCAAGGAGUUCAUGGUUGGCCGAAGCAGCGAAGCCACUUUUUCCUCUGCCUUCGAGAAAUACGAAGCCAUAAUUCGAUAUCUUGGGGUUUUGGACCCCACUGGAGAGAAUCUUCAGACUGUUCAAAAGCAACAAGCGGCAAAGCAUUGUAGCUGCACGAUUGCUGAUGUAGAGAAUGCACUUGCUAAGUUUACUUGGGCCAAAGAGGCACAGAAGAAGAUAGAGAAGUUAAAAGAAGAAGGAAAACCAUUGCCAAAAAGCUUUGCUGAACCAUGUUUUGAUGACCAGCCAUAUUUAUAUUUCAUAUUCUCUAGCUCCAAAAGCUGGUUGGUUCUACCCCAUUGGACCUUGCAAGAUCUAAUUUGGCUCAAUCUGGACAAAUUAGCAGGAAUGCGCUCUGCCCAUGUGGUUCAAAGAAGAGAUAUAAAAGGUGCUGCGGAAAGGAUUGAAGGAAUUCAGAGAUUUAAUGCUAAACUGCAAGUAAGCCUGAUCGGCUAUGGAGGUACCCCUACACAUUGCUGAAUUGAGUUACACCCAGUUUUGUUCAGUACCGACCUAGCUGCCCAAUCCACUAGACUGCAAGAAUACCGACAAUAAGUUAAUUUAGGAUGAUAUAUUUUGCUGAACAGUUGCUCAAUUUUGUUUAGCUUUCCAAUUUUUGAGGUGGUCACAGGCAACAUAUUUUGAUCAACUGAAGAAUAGUUAGUUAGUUCUCUUCUUUCUCUCACACCUGCCUUAAUGGGCAAGGAAAUAAGAAUGACUGUAUUUGUUUUAAAAUUCCAAAUGGUUCAACUCAUUUGUUUACUGAUAUAUAACAUUGUUUUAGUAAAUCUAUUGGAUUCGGGAUUUGGUA